AUGAGUGAACACUUGAUGUUAAACCAACCAAACUCAUCCAUUCUAUCGGAUCUCUCUCCUCUGACAGUGACCCAUGAUGCACUUCCUGCUCCUUUGCCAUGUGAGGUGUAUCCAGGACAAACCCUUUAUGGAUCCUCUCACUACCUCGUCCUCAAAUUCAUCGGUGAAGGACAGUUUGGCAAAGUGGCCAAAUGUCGUAACAUCGAUACAGCUGCCACCGUGGCUGUUAAGAUCCUGAAAAAGGAACAAGCUGCUGAGAGAGAGUUGGCCAUGCUAGAUGCCAUCAGGGUCCUCAAUCCCGUGAAGAGCUGCGUCCUUCAGUUCCAUGAGUGCUUUGAGGACCUGGGACGGACCUGUAUGUCCUUUGAGAUGCUGGACAGGAGUCUGGAAAAGCUGCUGGAGGACAAGGGAUGGAUGCCACUGCAUCUUAAAGAGAUCCGGCCAAUCACACAGCAGCUGCUGCUGGUGUUGGAGUCUCUGGGUGGUCUUGGACUCGUCCACUCUGACCUGAAGGUGGACAACAUCAUGCUGAUGGACCAACAGGCUGAACCCUUCAAGGUCAAACUAUACUCAACAAAAAUAUAAACGCAACACUUUUGGUUUUGCUCCCAUUUUGUAUGAGAU